AUGCCUUCACAAAACAAAACCAAACAAGUUCCCGAAAAGGAAAGGUUCAUUCAAUGUUGUGCCGACAUAUCACUCGAUUUAGUAGCCUCGCUAAAAUCAUCCAAAGACAUCAACUUGAAUGGUCUAAUUACCCGCUAUGCCAAAAAGCACAAACUCAAAAGCCAACCACGAUUGACCGAUAUCAUAUCCUCGAUCCCGGACCAGCAUAAGAAAUACCUCAUACCUAAAUUAAAAGCCAAGCCCGUGCGUACGGCCUCGGGAAUUGCUGUGGUUGCCGUCAUGUGUAAACCACAUAGAUGUCCGCAUAUUGCAUAUACUGGAAACAUUUGUGUUUAUUGUCCCGGUGGGCCUGAUUCUGAUUUUGAAUACUCGACUCAGUCGUAUACUGGCUAUGAGCCUACUUCAAUGAGAGCCAUUAGGGCUAGGUACGAUCCGUAUGAGCAAGCUAGAGGAAGAGUGGAUCAGUUGAGGCUGUUGGGUCACUCUAUUGAUAAAGUGGAGUAUAUUAUCAUGGGAGGUACGUUCAUGUCGUUGCCUAUUGAUUAUCGUGAGAGUUUCAUCACUCAGUUGCACAAUGCGCUCACUGGAUUCAAUGGUAAGGAUAUCGAUGAAGCGAUUGAGUUUUCCCAACAAUCACAAACCAAAUGUGUCGGUAUAACCAUUGAAACUAGACCUGAUUACUGUACUGAAACACAUUUGAGUGAUAUGUUAAAGUAUGGAUGUACACGUUUGGAAAUUGGGGUACAGAGCGUGUAUGAAGAUGUUGCUAGAGAUACGAAUCGUGGACACACAGUUAAAGCUGUAUGUGAGACAUUUGCCGUGGCCAAAGAUGCCGGUUACAAAGUUGUCAGUCACAUGAUGCCCGACUUGCCCAAUGUUGGAAUGGAACGAGACUUGGAACAGUUUAAAGAAUACUUUGAAAACCCUGAUUUCAGAACCGAUGGGUUGAAAUUGUACCCCACCUUGGUCAUUCGAGGCACUGGUUUAUACGAGUUGUGGAAACAAGGGCUUUACAAAUCAUACAAUGCCAAUGCAUUGAUUGACCUAGUGGCGAGAAUCUUGGCGCUUGUUCCACCAUGGACCCGUAUCUAUCGUGUUCAAAGAGAUAUACCCAUGCCCCUCGUCACUUCCGGGGUUGAAAAUGGUAACUUGCGUGAAUUGGCCUUGGCGAGAAUGAAGGAUUUCGGAACUUCGUGUCGUGACGUACGUACUCGUGAAGUUGGAAUUCAAGAAGUGCAUCACAAAGUUGUGCCCGAUCAAGUUGAAUUAAUCCGUCGUGAUUAUUAUGCCAACGGCGGCUGGGAAACUUUUCUAAGUUACGAAGACCCCAAACAGGAUAUACUUAUUGGAUUAUUACGGUUGAGAAAAGCCAGUAAGAAGUAUACUUACAGAAAGGAAUUCACGGGACAACAAACUUCAAUAGUUCGAGAAUUACACGUUUAUGGAUCAGUUGUUCCUUUGCAUUCGAGAGACCCACGUAAAUUCCAACAUCAAGGUUUUGGAACGUUGUUGAUGGAGGAAGCAGCAAGAAUUGCCAAGGAAGAACACGGGUCACUGAAGAUUAGUGUCAUUUCGGGAGUUGGUGUGCGUAACUAUUACGGCAAGUUGGGUUAUGAAUUGGAUGGUCCUUACAUGUCAAAGACGCUUUAG